AUGCCACAGACAAAUGCACGGUCAGAUGGCAGUGUGGCAAUGUGGCAUGCUCUUAUCUCAUUUGACGGGCUGUUUUGGCAGGAAACCUCAGAGAUCUUCAAUGACCCAAUCCAUGGCCACAUUGAGAUGCAUCCUCUUUUUGUUGAGAUCAUCGACACCCCACAGUUCCAGAGACUGCGGAACAUUAAGCAGCUUGGAGGAGGCUACUUUGUGUAUCCAGGAGCUUCUCACAACCGCUUUGAACAUUCCAUUGGUGUGUGUCACCUCGCAGGAAAAUUAACCAAAAUACUAAAGGAGCAUCAAUUAAAAUCAAAGGACAAAUCAAAACCAGAAAUUACUGAGAAGGAUGCGCUGUGUGUGCAGAUUGCUGGCUUGUGUCAUGACCUUGGUCAUGGCCCAUUUUCCCAUGUCUUUGAAAUGUUCAUGAAGGAAGCUGGCAAACAGUGGGAGCAUGAAGAACAAUCAGUGAAAAUGUUUGAGGCCCUGCUUGAUGAGAACACAAAGGAGACAACAGAGACGAGGACAAUAGAAAAGCUGAUGCGUGAUGUUUACAGUUUUACACAUGAUGAUUUUAAAUUCAUCAAGGCUCUCAUAAAAGGCAAACAGAGCCCGCCUGGCCCCACAACCAACAGGCACACUGAGGCACUGGUGAAGGUAUAUGAAGCUCUGAUUCAGACGAUUGAUGCUGAAGAUGUCCGUAAAGACACAGGCCCUGGGAUUAAACUAAAGGACUUGGAGGAGAUAAAACAGCUCAUCAGGAACAGUGAACCCCUUCCCAAAGAUGACAUCACGAAUCAAGGAGGGGGGGCAAAUGUAUCACAUCCCACCAAACCUGAGCAUACUGAGGCACUGGUCAAGAUAUUUCAGACACUGAUGCAAAUGAGAGGUGUUCAAGGUCAAAUGGAAGAGCAUGGCAGCACUAAGGACACCAUGAAGAGGAUGAUAGAGCUUAUUGGGACGAUUAAACCCUGUGACAACGUAGAGAAAUGUGAAAGUCAAAACUCUGAAGAUAAGGCUGGAACACGUUCAGAUAAACCAUUCUUAUAUGAGAUCGUGGCCAACAAGAGAACUGGUAUUGAUGUAGACAAGAUGGAUUACCUCAGCAGGGACUGCCACCACCUGGGCAUGAAAUGCAACUUUGAUCACGAGCGCUACAUGAUGUUUGCUAGAGUUUGUGACGACCAGAUCUGCAUGAGAGACAAGGAAGCAAGGAACAUGUAUGAGCUCUUCCAUGCCCGCCACAGUCUCCACAGCAGUGCCUACCAACACCCAGUUAAGAAGCUUGUUGAACAAAUGAUUGUCGAUGCCCUUUUAGAGGCUGAAAGAGCUGGGUUUCAGAUUCCAGGCAUCGACAAAAAAAUCACAGAGGCUGUGAUGGAUGAGAAGAGUUACCUGCACCUCACAGAUGAUGUUCUUCAGGAAAUCGUGCAAGAGUCAUUAAAAGGUUCUCCAUCAAAAGGUUCCCAGUCGGCCGAUUCUCCAUCAAAACCUUCUGAUUUGUCAGAAGCUGAGACGCUCAUUAAGAGAAUCCAAACACGACAACUUUACCAGUGCCUUGGCACUAAAACAUUUAGUGUUUUUAACAGGAAGACUCACAAGGGGGACUUGAAAAGCAACAUUCCUGGAUUCCUUAAAGAGCUUAAAAAACUACUCGAAGAGCAUGCAGAAGAAGACAACUCCAAACUGAAAAGCUCCAACUUUGAUGUUUUGUGUUUCAGUCUGGACUAUGGCAAGAAAGAAAAAGAUCCAAUUGAUUCCUUAGGAUUCUACAAAAAAACAAAGCCUGACAAAAUGAUACACCUGAACAGAGAAGAGGCUGCAGUGUACUAA